GUUUUUUUUUACGUAUCUUCUUCCACACAGUGCUCCAACCUCACUGAGACCAUUACUGGAUAAGAUAGUCAACGCAACAGGAGAACUUCACUGGGGAAUAGAUGAGACGGCUGCUCAGCUAGAGAGAGUUUUGAAUCUCUAUAAGAGUGGAGAGUACCUACAGAACACGACCCGGAUGCCGAAAGCUGAGUACAGGCGGGUGCCUGAAGCUUUUAUUCCUGAUGAGAACUACAGAUGCUGGCCAUCUUACCAUCACAAGGGCUGCCUCCUCUCUGUGUUUGAUGUCAACGAAGCCAUUGAGAUCUGUGACAGCUACUCACAGUGCAAAGCUUUCGUCCUGACCAACCAGACCACUUGGACAGGUCGGCAGCUUGUCUUCUUCAAGAUGGCCUCAAAUCACAUCAUGCCUGAUCCUGACAAGAUAACAUACGUGAAGGUGACAGACUGACACCUAAAGUGGCUCGGUGUGACGCGUGAGUGACAAGAGCUGUUUGUGUGUAACUAUAGGCAGCUGUUAGGUAGAAGGCGGCUGUGGCCAGAGAGAUAAUUGCACUAUUAUUCAUUCUAAUCUAUAGAGUGCUAAACAAAACUUUAAAGAAAUAACCUGCAUGACCAGGAUGAACGUGCAAUAAAACAACAUUUUGAAAAUGUGAUUUUUUUUUUUAAAAAAAAAAAGCAAAGAAAAAUACAAGAUAUGAUACACUGUUAGGGUAUAACGUUGGUUAUAAAUCAGCUGGCAGCUCUGGCUUUUCUAACCAAGGUUAGCAUAAUGUUUCUGACCUGUACAUGUGCAUACAGGGGUGAAAGUUGAUCAUUUCUGUGGGAAGUCUGUAUCCUCCAUGCUGGUAUUUAUUUGGGCACGUACAAUCACAACAGAGUAACUGAAGCAUAUCAGUUUGUAAGCUGAAUAGCAAACGUUACUGAAGACAAUCAGCAUUUGUGUUAAAGCUAUCGAAUA